AUGUCUGCACCAGGGACUUCCAGUGACCGGCGGAUGACCAAUUUUAGCCCUGAGGAGAAGGCGAUUAUCAUUGAUGGGCUCUCCCAACACGGCGCCCGCCUCUAUGGGCCACAGAGUGGCUCCACUGGUAAGGAUGUCAAAAUCCGCAUCUAUGCGGAGAUCACCACCCAGGUGAAUGCCCUUGGCAUGGCGGCCAGGGAGCCAAAACACAUCAGAAAAAAAAUAAACGACCUGCGGAGACUGGUGAAGGAGAAACUAGUGGCGAUGAGGAAGCAUGCCACUGGCACAGGUGGAGGACCAGCCACAAACAUCUCCCUGACGGCAGAGGAGAUGGUGGUUGCCAGGAAGGCUACCCGGAAGACCCGAGGAGUCCCUGAGGAGUUUGAAGAUAAUGUGGCGAGGGACCAGACCAUGCAGACCCGCCAUAUGGGUUCCCUAGCGGGUGACCUGAAACGAGUUGCAGCUAGCCUGGCCUCCUCGGCCGAGAGCCAGGCUGCCUGCACUGUGGCUGUGCAGGAGGCGCUCACCCAGCAGGCUGCCCAGAAUGACAACAUUAAUGAGAGCCUGCAGGAUGUUGUGGGCAAUGGUGCAGCCCUUCUGAACAGUCUGGGGAACCUGCAGGCCACCACAUCUGGACUUGAAGGGGCGGGCACAUCUGGUGUCGGUGGCCGGCCCACCACAUCAUCUGAGGAGCCACAGGAAGACCCCCAAGAUACUGUGGUGGAGGGGACUGUCCACAUCACGCCUAUAGAGGUGGUGCUGGAUGAAUCAGUGGACUUUGCCCAGAUCGGGCUGAUUUUUGAGGAGACCAUGUUCAUGAAGAUUUCUGAGGAUGCUGGUCAUCUGAGGGAGGCAGUUGAAGAGGUGAGCUGUAACAGCUCGGCAGUAGCCACCUGCAUGGUUGACCUGCAGGCCACCACUGCCAACCUUGUAACCAAGGUGGAUAGCCUUAUUGAGGCAGUAAAGGCUAAUACCACUGCGGUUCAGGAGGAGGGUAGACGGAGGCAGCGGACUGAGAGGGCUAACCUCACCAGACAAUUGAGGAUGCAGGCCCAGACCAACUUGGUCCUCACCAGGAUAGCCGCUGCCUUGGAGGCCAGGCAGCCGUCACCUGGCAGGAGACUUUUGCAUUUUGUUGGAGGCAUGUCUGCACCAGGUGCUAAGAGAAAGAGGAAGCUGAAUUUCUCCCCUGCUGAGAAGGCUGUAAUUAUAGAGGGCCUGGAUAAAUAUGGCGCUUGCCUCUAUGGGGCACAGGCUGGCACUACCAGCAAGGUGGAGAGGGAUCGUAUUGUCCUGGAAAUAACAACCCAGGUGAAUGCCCUUGGCGUUACGGCUCAGAGCACCAGGGAUAUCAGUAAAAAAUGUAAUGAUCUGUGGCGUCUUGUCAAGGAGAAGCUGGGAAAGAUGCGUAGACAUGCCAGUGGCACAGGAGGAGGACCAGCCACCAACCUGACCCUCACUGCCGAUGAGAUCAUCAUUGCCAGGUGCCUGGAUAGGGAUCUGGUGGAGGGCCUGGAUGGCUUUGAUACUGUCGAACAGCCCUUGAAGACAGCGAUCAAGGAAAGAUAUCGGCCUAUACCACCAACUAUGUACCAAUCUGUAAAGCAAAUGAUCCAAGAGAUGAAGGACUCCAAUGUCAUUAGAGACAGCCAUAGUCCAUGGGCUGCACCUCUAGUUCUUGUCCGUAAGAAGGAUGGUAACAUCAGAUUCUGUGUGGAUUACAGAAAAAUUAACCAAAUCACCCACAAGGAUGCUUACCCUUUACCACGCAUAGAGGAAUCUUUGACAGCUUUAGGAUCUUCAGCCUACUUCUCUACCCUUGAUUUAACCAGUGGAUACUGGCAAGUACCCAUGGCACCUGAAGAUCGUGAGAAGACUGUAUUUACCACCCCUAUGGGCCUAUUUGAGUUCAACCGCAUGCCUUUUGGACUUUGCAAUGCGCCCGGAACCUUUCAAAGAUUAAUGGAGCAUUGUUUAGGACACAAACAUUUUGAAACCGUCCUGUUGUACUUAGAUGAUGUCAUCAUCUACUCCAAAUCUUAUGAAGAUCACUUGAAACAUUUGGCCAAAGUUUUUCAAAUCCUCAUUAAACAUGGACUCAAAGUCAAACCAUCUAAGUGCUAUCUACUGAAGACAGAAGUCAAAUACUUAGGGCAUAUUGUAAGCUCUGAAGGUGUUAAACCGGAUCCAGAGAAGAUAGCCGCAGUCCGAAAUUGGCCUACUCCUACUACAGUGAAAGAAGUGAGGAGCUUUCUCAGUUUCGCAGGAUACUACAGACGCUUUAUUCCUCACUUUGCCCAAAUUGCGGGGCCAAUAUUAGAACUUCUGAGAGGACAUCCUAAGAGGUACCAAAAGUCUCCAAUACCAGUCGAAUGGAACACAGAAAGAGAAAUUGCCUUCCAGCUCCUAAAGAAGAAGUUGACAGAACCACCAAUCCUAGGCUAUCCAGAUUACCAGAAGCCAUUUCAUCUUUACACAGAUGCUAGUAAGAAAGGUCUGGGAGCUGUCCUAUCGCAGGUACAGGAAGGAAAAGAAAGAGUUAUUUCCUACGCUAGUAGAUCUCUUAAAGGUACUGAAAGAAACGACCAAAACUAUAGUUCCUUCAAAUUGGAAUUCCUCGCACUCGUGUGGGCUGUUACAGAAAAAUUUAAAGAUUACCUUGCCGCAACACCAUUUGUGGCCUUCACAGAUAACAACCCGCUAGCACAUCUGAAUACCGCCAAGUUGGGAGCAUUGGAACAAAGAUGGGCCUCACGCCUAGCUAACUACGAUUUCACCAUAAAAUACAGAACAGGAAAAGCAAAUGAAAAUGCGGAUGCAUUAUUUGGCGUGCAGAAGACAGAAGCCACCAUCCGUAGAAGAUUCUACUGGAUUGGGAUGAGAGGAGACAUUGAAAAGUGGUGUCGAGAGUGUUCCACCUGUGCUGUUGGAAGAAAUGAAAAACAUGACCAGAAAGCACCCUUACAUCCCAUUGUAAGCCGAACACCGCUAGAAAUAGUUGCAAUUGACCAUGUGAAGCUGGAACCAAGUCGCUCAGGUUACACAUACGCCAUGACCAUCAUCGAUCAUUAUACCAAAUUUGUUGUAGCCGUACCUGUCAAGGACCUGACCGCUAGAACAACUGCAGAUGCCUUCUGGAAACAUUUCCUACUGCCAUAUGGAUGCCCAGAAAGACUCCUUACAGAUCAGGGAUCUGCCUUUGAGUCGCAACUCUUCAAAGAACUGUGUACACUUCACAAUUGCCAGAAAAUCAGGACCACAGCCUACCACCCUCAAGGGAAUGGACUUUGCGAGAAAAUGAACCAAACUUUAAUUGAGAUGUUAAGAGCAGUACCACCUGCUACAAGAAGUGAUUGGCCUACUCUAUUGCCUCAGUUGAUGUACACCUAUAAUAACACCAUUCACUGUUCUACUGGGUAUACACCUUACUAUCUCAUGUUUGGCCGACAAGGUAAACUACCUGCUGACCAUACUUUGGACGUAAAAGUCAAACCAUCUAAGUGCUAUCUACUGAAGACAGAAGUCAAAUACUUAGGGCAUAUUGUAAGCUCUGAAGGUGUUAAACCGGAUCCAGAGAAGAUAGCCGCAGUCCGAAAUUGGCCUACUCCUACUACAGUGAAAGAAGUGAGGAGCUUUCUCAGUUUCGCAGGAUACUACAGACGCUUUAUUCCUCACUUUGCCCAAAUUGCGGGGCCAAUAUUAGAACUUCUGAGAGGACAUCCUAAGAGGUACCAAAAGUCUCCAAUACCAGUCGAAUGGAACACAGAAAGAGAAAUUGCCUUCCAGCUCCUAAAGAAGAAGUUAACAGAACCACCAAUCCUAGGCUAUCCAGAUUACCAGAAGCCAUUUCAUCUUUACACAGAUGCUAGUAAGAAAGGUCUGGGAGCUGUCCUAUCGCAGGUACAGGAAGGAAAAGAAAGAGUUAUUUCCUACGCUAGUAGAUCUCUUAAGGGUACUGAAAGAAACGACCAAAACUAUAGUUCCUUCAAAUUGGAAUUCCUCGCACUCGUGUGGGCUGUUACAGAAAAAUUUAAAGAUUACCUUGCCACAACACCAUUUGUGGCCUUCACAGAUAACAACCCGCUAGCACAUCUGAAUACCGCC